CGGAGAACCGAGCAGUGGCCCAAAGAACCGGACUGACAUCAUCAUCAUCAUCUUCAUCAUCAGCAGCUAUAAAAGCCUGGAUUUCUUUCUUUCACUCUGUGGAUUAUGAUGUUUUUUGGUUCUGAUCCGAACCCGGUUCUGAUGUUUGAACUGUUUGCCAUCAGAGGAAUGCGCGCUCGUGCAAGAUCUCAACAUCCCCGUCGAGUGUGAAGCCAAAGCUCAGAGUCAUUUAUCUCUUCAGUGUUUUUAUUAAUUUCCUUCUUGUUGUUGUUUGUGAUGUCAGACAUUUACACUGGAACAACGGACAACAUGAAUUCCAGGCUCUGAAGGGGGGAAAACAACAACAACAACAACAACAAUAAUAAUAAUAAUACUAAUAAUAAUACUAAUAAUACAUAAAUAAACAGGGACAUCAGUCCGGUUUGUUCCGUGAUGAGGACUGCUGCUGCUGUGUUGCGCGCGGCUCUGCGGGGGUAAUUUUUAUCCUCCCCACCCCCAGCGGCCCCCCCAGCUUCCCCCUCCCCCCUCCCACACAGACACAAGUUCAACAUAUUUUAAUUUUCUACAUUUAUUUUUGUAUUUAUCCCUGAGGAUAGAUUAAGUGGACAUGGAGAUGCUCGUGCUUUGGCUCGCGCUGUGUCUGGCACACAGAGUCGCCUCACAGAUUCGUUACUCGGUACCGGAGGAGACGGAGCGUGGCACGUUCGUGGGCAACAUCGCUGAGGACUUGGGGCUGGACCUGACCAAACUGGCCUCCCGCCGCUUCCAGACAGCACCGGGGUCACGCGGGAGCCCGUACUUGGAUGUGAACGUGGAGAACGGCGCGCUGUUGGUGCGAGAGCGCAUCGACCGGGAGCGCGUGUGUAAGCAGAGCGCGUCCUGUGUGCUGCACCUGGAGGUGUUCCUGGAGGAUCCGCUUGAGCUCUUCCGAGUGGAGGUCGAGGUGACGGACGUGAACGACAACGCACCCAGCUUCCCGGAGAGCGACGUCACGGUGGAGAUCAGCGAGAGCGCCACGCCCGGGACGCGUUUCCCACUGGAAGCAGCCUUCGACCCGGAUGUGGGCAGCAACGGACUGAGGACGUACGAGAUCACAGCAAACGGUCACUUCGCGCUGGACGUGCAGACGCAAACGGACGGAAACAAGUUCGCAGAGCUGGUGCUUGAAAAGCCUCUGGACAGAGAGCAGCAGGCGGUGCACCGUUACGUGCUCACGGCGGUGGACGGCGGGCAACCAGCGCGCACGGGCACAGCGCUCUUGGUGGUGCGCGUUCUCGACUCGAAUGACAACGUGCCAACGUUUGACCGGGCCGUAUACUCAGCCAGCCUGGCCGAGAACGCGCCCUCGGGCACGCUGGUGAUCCAGCUGAACGCCACUGACUCGGACGAGGGUUCGAACGGAGAGGUGGUUUACUCAUUCGGCAGUCACGUGUCGAGCCGCGCGCGCGAGCUGUUUGACGUGGACGCGCGCACGGGCCGCAUCGAAGUGCGCGGAGAGGUCGACUUUGAGGAAAGCAGCCUCUAUCAGCUCUACGUGCAGGCCAAGGACAUGGGGCCAAACGCCGUGCCCGCGCACUGCAAGGUGCUCGUGAAAGUCACGGAUGUCAACGAUAACGCGCCGGAGAUCGCCUUCAGCACCGUGACGGAGUCCGUGAGCGAGAGCGCGGCACCGGGCACCGUGAUCGCGCUGCUCAGCGUCACCGACAAGGACUCUGGAGAUAACGGGCGAACGCGCGUAGAAAUCCUCGGCGACGUGCCAUUCAGGCUCAAAUCAGAGUUUGGGAACUACUACACGGUGGUCACGGACGGCCCGCUGGACCGCGAGGUCGCCGAGACGUACACGGUGACGGUAACGGCGCGUGAUGGGGGCGCGCCUCCGCUGUCCUCGAGCAAGUCCGUAGAGGUGCGCAUCUCGGACGAGAACGACAACGCGCCCACCUUCUCGCAGCCCGUUUACGACGUGCACGUGACAGAGAACAACGUGCCCGGGGCUUACAUUUACGCCGUGAGCGCACGGGAUCCAGACGCAGGCGACAAUUCCAAGGUGACCUAUUCGGUCUUGGACCGUGAUAUCCAGGGCAUGUCCGUGCUCACGUAUGUGUCCGUGAACCCAGAAAACGGUUACCUGUACGCGCUGCGCUCAUUCGACUACGAGCAGCUCAAGGAGUUCAGCUUCACGGUGGAGGCGCGGGACGCAGGGAGCCCCGAGUUGCACUCAAACGCCACCGUGCACGUGGUCGUAGUGGAUCAAAAUGACAACGCGCCGACUGUGAUCGCGCCUCUGGGCAAAAACGGGACAGCCAGAGAGCCUUUACCGCGCUCAGCUGAACCUGGCUACUUGGUCACGCGUAUAGUGGCCACGGACGCAGAUGACGGAGAAAACGCGCGUCUUUCGUAUAGCAUCCAGCGCGGGAACGAGGACGGGUUGUUCCGCAUGGACUGGCGCACGGGGGAGUUGCGCACGGCUCGCAGGGUGUCUGCGGCCAAACGGGACGCGCAGCAGCACCAACAGAGACGCCUUUACGAGCUGCUCGUGGAGGUGCGCGAUCAUGGCCAGCCGCCGCUCUCGUGCAGCGCUGUAGUCCAGGUCGCGCUGGUGGACGGGCUUCCAGCGGCGGCCUCAGCGGAGGGACGCGGAGGAGGAGGAGGAGGGGGAGGAGGAGAGCGUGAGCGCGGCGGCGCGGCCCGGGCCAAGGACGCGAGCCUUGACCUCACCCUCAUCCUGAUCGUCGCGCUCGGCUCGGUGUCGUUCGUCUUCCUGCUUGCCAUGAUCGCCCUGGCCGUGCGCUGCCGCAAGGACAAGAAGCUGAACGUGUACGCGGGCUGCAACGCGUCCUGCUGUCUGUGCUGCGGGAGACAGGCUCGGUCAUCCCGCGGUGUCAGCAGCGUCAACGGCAGCAGCAAGAAGAAACAGAAAAAGCAGAAGAAACUCAGCAAGUCGGACAUCAUGCUGGUGCAGAGCGCCAACUCGGCAGACGUGAGCGCGCACGCCGGAGUCGGCUGUGGGGUCGGGAGCGCGCAGGUGCCCGUUGAAGAGUCCGGGAGCUUCGGGUCGCUGCGACGCGGACAAAAUUACUGCUACCAGGUUUGCCUCACUCCCGAGUCCGCCAACACCGACCUGCUCUUCCUGAAGGCAUGCGGAGCGGGAGCGAGCCGCGCGCCCACGGACACUGAGCACAGCCCACGAGGGGGGAUCCACACCACAUACACGGAGCAGCAGCAACCCGACAUAAUCUCCAACGGGAGCCUUCUGUCCAGCGAGACAAAGCACCAGCGUGCCGAGCUCAGUUACCUGGUGGACAGACCGAGGCGUGUGAACAGUUCAGCCUUCCAGGAGGCGGACAUCGUGAGCUCCAAAGACAGUGGACACGGAGACAGUGAGCAGGGAGACAGCGAUCAUGAUGCCACGCAUCGCGGGCACUCUUCCGGAGCGGAUCUAUUUUCGAACUGCACGGAGGAGUGUAAGGCGCUGGGCCACUCAGACCGCUGCUGGAUGCCCAGCUUCGUGCCCACCGAGUCUCGGCAGGGCGCCGACUACCGCAGCAACCUGCAUGUGCCUGGCAUGGACGCCGUGCCCGACUCUGAGGUAUUUGAGGGUGACGCGUUCACGGGCGAUCAGUCAUUCUCCACGUUCGGCAAAGAGCCGCUCCACACAUACCAACACCAACAGCACCUCCAAGCCUCCACGCUAGACACCAGAGAGCUCCAUGCGCUCCUGUCUAACUCGCGCACGCCUUACAAAGCCAACUAUCUGUCGCGGAAAAGGAUUUGUUAGCUCGUUCCGCGUGGACAUCCCAGAGACGGCGUGAUUUUUGCACAAUCGGUCCAACUGACAGAGAAAAAGAGCAUCAUGUUUCAAGCAUCGAGUCAGACUCUAUUUCCUGAAGUGUGUGUACGGGGCGCAGCCGCAGCCCCCAGGCCUGAAAGAGACACAGACGGAAACCGAAUUUCAGGAGAAACACCUGGACGCAAAGACAGACAACACACUUCUCAGCAGGACUGAGACGGAUUUAAACAAUUCACACACGUCUGGACCGGAGGAAGAGGACGCUGAUGCUGAUGAUGAUGAUGAUGGACAAUCGCUUCUCUUGGAUCCUGCGUGUGCCUGUUUACAGCACUACUGUACAAACGAGAAAAAAACAACAGAGAUAUUCAACGAGCCCUUUAGAUGUUUGUACACUCUCUCUCUCUCUCACACACACACACACACACACACACACACACCACCGGGAAGCCAACUGUACAGGAAACUGUGUGCAUUACAAAUGCAAUAUUACUCUUUUAGACAUGACUGUUUUUUCUAUUUCGUACGUGGGCGUGCAUGUGUGCGUGUGCGGUCAGUUGUUUUUCCCAAAAUCUGUACAUUUUUUUUUGUUUGUUUGUUUUUCAGAAAGCAGCGUACCGAGCGGAGCUGUCCUCCGUUUUGUUUGUUUGUUUUGUUUUUGUUUAUUUUUUUGUUUUUUUGUUUUUUUUGGAGAGCCGUGGCCUAAAUUGUACUCUUUCAGAUAUUGCGUAGGUUAUAUCACGUGUGAGAAGUCUCAACUGUACUCUUUUAAGCUUCAAAAAUAAAUAUAAAUCUAUAUCUAUAAAUCUA